GUUGUUGGAACCCUUAGUCUAAGGAUACGAGCUCACAUCACAAACUCCCUUGUUGGCACGGAAGAAGCGCCCUGAGAGUAUCAUUAUAUCACAGAUACAGGCUGGACUUACAUCCCUGACAUUAUCCAGCUGUCGACGGCCCGCCUUCUCAACUCCUCUUGCCUGCUGGGCUCCUGUUUGCUCCUGCCUGACUGGGUGCGCAGAGCGAUGAAGAUCCCACUGUGGUGCCUGCUGGUGCUGCUGCCAUGUCUCUUCAACCCGGGACGCAGUGAUUGCCAGGGAGAAUGUGUGGCCUGCGGUCUGCUGCUGCAGGAGCAGCAGCAACUGCAUCAAGCCUUCAACACCAUGGUGUGUUUGCUGGAGUGCGAGGGUCACGUCGCUCCCUCGCUCACCUGGGACCUGUGUCAACGCGCCCUUAAAGUUUCCAUCUACCCUCCGUCAGCGGGCGAGCUGGACAUGGCGUCUCUCGAUGUGACCUCUGACAGCCAACUUCAAUCUGCAGUGGUUCAGCCUUUCCGGGAGGAGGAUCAGGAUGAGCGGCGCCUUGUCCGCUAUGACUCAUCGCUGCUGGAAUCCUCGGAGGAAGAGGAGGAGGAGGGCCCGGGCGGGAAGCAAACGGAGGACGCGGAUGAAAGCUCAGAGGCCGUUAGCUUAUCCAAACGCUUCGGCGGCUUUCAGAGAGGGCGCCACGGUUACAGGAAGCUGAUUGGCUCCCCGGCGAGGCACCUACAAAAGCGCUACGGCGGCUUCAUCGGCGUCCGUAAAUCUGCCCGAAAAUGGAACAGUCAGAAACGGGUCAAUCAGCUGCUCAGGCAGUACCUCGGCAUGAGGAGCAGCCGCAGCGGCCGCUUCAACCUCUCCCCGGUGACGCGGGUCUGGAGGCAAAACAAACUGUAACGCGUCGAAACGGAACAUCCCGCUCCACAUACCUCAACCAAUCAUGUCUGAACUGUGACUUCCUCCAUUGCCAUCAGCACUUUGGUGUCCAACACGUAAACAAGGAAUGUUUUAUCGAUAUUUAACGUCACCUUCUGUGAAAUAAAAGAAUUAGAGAAGUGCAA